AUGUCGAAUCAUUCGAUUCGUUUCGGGCUAUGCGCAGAAGCAGCAAAACCAAGUGACACACCAGUUCAAUGUCAGCAAUGUUUCAAAUUUGGACAUCCGAGAGAAUAUUGCAGAGAAAUACAGGAUAUUUGUCGUAAAUGUGGCGGAAAUCAUACAACAAAUAAUUGUACUGCAAAUGGAGCUAAAUGUUUAAACUGCUCAGAUCAACAUGAAGCAAAUUCGACAUUGUGUCUGAAAUACAUCGAACAACAGCAAAAAAUUCGAAAAAUAAUUGAUGAUUAUACUAGUGAAAUUAAAGUACCAGCACCAAUGACAACAAUAAAUUUUCCAUCAUUGACAAAAACCUAUCACAGUGCACAUCAGCAUCAUCAAGCUGACGAAUAUUUAUAG